AUGAAGGAACAUGAUAAUGAUUCUGUAUUAGAUCCGCUUAUUCUCGUAAACAGAGAGUUUAUUAUCCGCGAAAGAGGUACAUGGAUUGAAGCUUGUUCUGGGGAAGAAGUAGAACAUCUCAAGUCUGCUGCUGCCCAGAAACAUUUGAUAAACUUGCUGAGAAGAAAAGUUCGUACGCUCCAGCAAGAUGUUCAUUCGCUAUGUGAAGAUGACGGUGGAUUAAAACGAUGGCGAUUACAUACAAGGUUGACACAUCCACUACAUGUCGCACCGAAGCUUUUGAAAGAGAGUUAUAAUUGUUUGGUUACUAAUCAGGCGUUCUGCAAAUUUCUGGAGAUUCUCAGUAAAUAUCCUAGGUUGAUCCAACCAACAGAUAAUCAAUUUCGAACUUUCCAUCUAUGCGAAGCUCCAGGAUAUUUCAUUCAAGCUUUGGAUCGGUUUCUUUGCACAUAUCAUCCAAACUUACAGUGGUAUUGGGAAGCUAACUCACUGAACCCAUACUGCGAACAUUUGCAAGCUUGUGACAUGAUUUUAGACGAUGAUCUGAUGUACGCCCAUCCAGCGAGAUGGAGGUUCGGAAGUGAUGGGACAGGGGACGUUACAAAGUGGGAAGGUCCUUAUUUUCGAACUAUUGUAGGAGUUGGAUUCGAUUUAGUCACCGCUGAUGGUAGUUUGUACACUCAGGAUCGACCUGAUGAGCAAGAAGAAAUAGUAGCUUCCCUCCUGCAAGCAGAAGUCAAUGCAGCUUUGCGAUUACUAAGACAGAAUGGUUCAUUCAUAUUGAAACUUUACAAUAUGUUCCUUCCCGCUACUCGUCGACUAGUAGCAGACAUCGCUAGCCGUUUUUAUAACGUCUCCAUAUUCAAGCCUAUGUGUAGCAAAUCUGGUAAUGCUGAGAGAUAUUUGAUUUGUAUGGGUUUUAUGAAGAAAGAACUGGGUAACAACGUUCAAGUAGGAACGUGUCUUGUAAAAUGCGAAGAGUAUUUUACUUUGCUACAAUGUGAUGCUAUUCGUACCAAUAUAGAAACGUUCUCUUCUUCUACUUCGAACUUUCAAAAUAAGUUAAAUUCCUAUAGAGAUAGACUGAUUGGACUUUUCUUGAAGAAUAUACUGGCAGUCUAUAUUGCGAAUCCUUUCCGCGAGUCUUGGCUUCGUUGUAAUGGCGGAAAUCCUUGGAAAGAUAUGUUUGGAGAUAAUUAUAUAGAAAGACUGAAAGUUCUGUCAACUCCAGAAAAAGCCAGGCAAUAUAUGUCGGAUCAGCUGAGGUUGGAACUUCUUUCUGGAGGAGUUGGGGAGCUUAUUGCUGAGUCUGACAUGAUAGAUGUGGAAUGGUCAUCUGAAGAGUUGGAUUUCAUUCAUAGCGUAGAAGCAGAUUUACCUCUAGAAAAAGCUGAAGCUAAUAGGUUUGUGGUGUAUGGACCAAAAAUGCCUUUAAAACAUUCUAUAUUCACCCUUCCUACUUACUUGCAUGCAACACUUCAGUUCGCGCCUUCGUGUUCAAUAGACUUAUGUGUUCCGUCAGGAACAGAGCACUCGAGUUAUGCCAAACGAGUUUGUGAUCUUAUUCAACGACGGAAGAACAUGCAAAUCACUAUCGAAGCUAAUCGCAUGACUAGCAAAAAGGAUUGGCUUUUUGUUCUACGGCGUUUGGCUGAGAAUGUAAUGGCUGUCGAAGAACUCACAAUAGUUUGGGGGGACGCGUCGUAUCCUCUGAUUCUCUCAAGAUUCUCCGCUUCAGUCAUUUCUUUUCUUACAAUUAUUUUUUCCAAAUUUCAUCUUAAACAAGGCGUCAAUUUGGCUUAUUUCUCACAUCCGAACUAUCCUGAAGACAUGCCUAAGGGGAUCGUGACAUUCCUUAAAGAAUGUGUAAAUAGAUCUACGCUCCUUCUGCAGUUUGUGCCUAUAAACAUUUUGGCAGCCAUGUAUACAGAGAUAUUUGGUUUUAAUAAGAGACAAUGGCGGCUUAUUAUGAUCAACUUAGCUGAUCAGUUUUAG